CACACGGGAAAGGAGGACCUCACACACAAGGAGCCCCUCUAGCGUCCGGGGGAGGAGCAGAGGUGAGGACAGACAUUCAUUUAGAGGGAAGAGCUUCUCCUCCAACUGCAGAGCUCCCCCCGACACGCCGUCCCUCUGCAGCUCCCCGAGGAAACAAGUGCAGCAGAUGUGAAGGUGCACCUGUAGAUGAAGAGAGUUUAGGCUGCACAGGUCACCGACUGAAGAUCAACGGCAGAAUGACAGCUGCCGCCGAGCUCCUGGAUGAGAUGUGCCACCUGGCGGCUCAGUCUCUGGCGCCGAUGGACACGUCGGACCACUUCCAGGUGGUGAAGCUGCUCGGCGAAGGCUCCUACGGGAAGGUGAUGCUGGCCGUGCACCGGCUGAGAGGUACCCCGAUGGCUCUGAAGUUCUUCCCCCGCGAGUCCACGUCGCUCUUCUCCUUCCUGAGGGAGUACAACCUCUCCCUGUCCUUCUGCACCCACCCGUCCCUCACCAGGGCGCUGGGCAUCGCCUACUCCACGCCGUCCCACUACGUCUUCGCCCAGCAGGCCAGCCUCUUCGGAGACCUCUACGACGUCAUCCUGCCCGAGGUCGGCAUGGAGGAGGACUCCUGUCAGCGGGUGGUGUCCCAGCUGUGCGGCGCUCUGUCCCACCUGCACGCUCUGGGUUUCGUCCACAGAGACCUCAAACCGGAGAACGUGUUCCUGUGCGACUCCGCCUGCCGCUGGGUCAAACUGGGAGACUUCGGCAUGGUGAAGGCCGCGGGCACCAAGGUCCCGGAGGUCUGGUACAGCUCACCUUACUGCACGCCUGAGUCCGAGGUCGCCCGCGGCAACGAGGACAGCCGCAGCAGCCAGAGCGCCGCCGCCGAGCCGGGCGCCGGGGGGGGGAAGACGGGCCGGGUCUGGGUGGCGGUGGAGCCCAGCACGGACACCUGGGCCCUGGGGGUCCUCGCCUACGCCAUGCUCACCGGCGCCCACCCGUGGGCCGAGACCGCCAGCGACUGCCGGUCCUACCUGAGGUACCGGGAGUGGUCCGACGGAGCCAAAGGCCCCCACGACGAGCUGGACGUGUGGGCGGAGCCUCGGGGCGGGGGCGGGUCGGUGGAGGAGGGGCCUCCCGUGGCGCCCCAGUUUGCGUGCUUCACGCCGCUGGCGCGCUGCUUCUUCCGGACGCUCCUGGACCCGAGCCCCCGCCUGCGCGCGCGACCCGAGGAGGCGCUGAACUACCUCGGGGGGGAGUGGGUGAUGGAGAAGGAGCGGGCGAGGCUGGAGGAGGAGAGGAAGAAGAGCGGAGGGAAGGUGGCGAUCCGGAACAUGAAGGAGAAGGAGGGGAGAGGAGAGCGAUGAGGAGUCAGAAUGAUCAGUUUAUAGAUUGUAGAUAAUAAUGUUCAUACAAAGAUGUUUAGGCGUGACAGAGAAACCUCUCUACUGGGACGGCAUUUGAUGAUUUAUUAUUUGAACAAUAUGUUUGUAAUAUAUAGAUAUGUAUGAAUAUUUACAUUGGAAAAACAAGGCAAAGGCAUCACUUGUAGUGUUUAUUAGUGCUGUAAAAGGAAUAUGUGAUCAUGUCCUUGUAAAGACACCACCUGUAGGGCUGUGCAGCUAUAUUUGGCUUUAGGCCUGAGAGCAGAUUCAUCACAGCAGCUUAUGAGCUGCAUUUAGACUGCGAGGUUUUUAUAGCCAUCAACGUGUCUGCCAGACGGAGGGGGGGGGGGGCAGUGCCAAAACAAUUUGACCCGGUUUCAAGUAAUACAAUAGUAUUUCAAAGGGAAUACAUAUUUUACUGAAUUUAUUUUCCUUUAUACUUUAUCUCUAAUCAAAUUGUGGGUUUAGUUUGGGGUUUUUUAUAUAAGUUUAUUUAAAACAUGUUUACUACCUGAGCACUGCAGAUAGCUCUUUGACCUGUGAGACACGCUGAGGUCAAACCACAAGUCAUCAAUUAGACCUGAAAACCAAAUGAAUGGGAUUGUGUGGUUUCUUUGGAUGAUUUGAAAGAAGUUCUGCGGUCUCAGGUCCCUCAGUGAGUUUAACUACACUACAUCUGAGUAAAGAUGAUGCCUUGUUUACUUAAACCUUCUGAAGGCCCUAAUGACAACUGAUCAUAUAUCAUCAGCAUAAGGUGUUAUAUGACCUUGGGUUAUAUGACCCCCCCGUUUUCAGUCCAGCUUGUGAAACCAACACGCUCAUAAAAGCCAAAAAACGGCCUGCUUUUUGUUUCUGUUGGAGAAGCAAAGUCCCCCCCCAGGCAGUAAAUAAAAACUACACGGACACCGGAUCCGCUCCUGACAUUUCACCUGAUACGCCGCGUGUGCGUGUGCGUGCCAACGUGCUUCUGAGGGAGUGAGCCGAGAAAGACGCGGUGUCAUAUUUGCGGUGACGUCAUUUCCUGUCUGCGCGUCGCUCGGAGCGCACAGAGGGAAGCUAAAGAUUCACCGGAAGAAAAGAGAAACAAGUAAAAGAAGAAAUGAGAUAGAAAUGUGACACUCUGCGUGUUAAGAGAAAGAUAAAAGGAUAUUGAGAUAUUAUAUAUAUAUCACAUGGUUACUUCAUGUGUUAUUAUGUUUUGGCUGACUCUUUUUAAGAUGUUUUGUAAAAAGGAACGGUGCUGCAGGAUUGUUGAAAAUGCCGAUUCAAAUCUAGCAGAAGAACAUUUGUGAAGAAAAUAGCAUUUAUGGACAGUCUGAGUGAAUUUACUGUGUUGUUCUGCUUCAGUGCUCCAUAAAAUGAUUAUUAGUAACAAGA